AUGGAAGAAGCCUCCUCCCUCGUCGACGUGUCCGACACUGGUACCCUCACAGUCACCAUACCAUUUCACUUUUAUCAAACGUUGGUCGACAGCCUCAAAGUUGCAGCUGCCAGGCUCAGGCAUCAUACGACGAUAGAUGAACGGGCCAAGGACCAGAUGGUGCUUCAUUUGAAGAAGGCGCAUGAACUGCACGUUGCACAGACACUUCUCUCUGGUCGGCUGUUACAAGAUAUAGCCCCUUCGCUCUUCCUGACUCGACAGCACGUUCUUGAGUGGGAGGCUGCCAACCCUGGAGACGUCUUUCACUUUUACACCGAAGAGUCGUCAACGUCGACCAAGGUCUUCUCGACAGUCUGGCAUGGGGCAAAGUGUUAUCGGAAACCUAUGGAGGAUUUGCAGGUCAUUGGGAGGCAAAAUGUCGCAAUGUGGAAGACACACGAGGACCGCAUCAUUAUCGGCAGAGUCAUCACACAUGUCAGAUCAGGGCUAUGCCUCGGCUUCAACAUCGAAGACCCAUCCGGGGCUGUCUUUCCCGUCCUCAACAACUACCCCACUCCCAUCCCCCAUUUCUCCCUUUCCCUCCCCGACACACUGUCCAAGCUUUACCCUCUCGGAUCAACCUUAGCUAUCAAAUCGCCUCGAAUAGGUUUCGACCAUAGAGGCGCGUUCGCCGUCAAGGUGGACAUGCCUUAUGAGAUUGAAGAAGUACGGCCGACAAAUUCGAUAUUGGAGGGUGUCAAGUGGCAGGAUGGGUUGAAGGAGGAGAUAGUAAAGGGGUGGAAGAGGUAUAGAGAUGCGGGUAAUGGAGAGAUGAGGAAUGACAACCCUUUGGUCGCUCUCCGCCUCUAUACGCUAGCUUUGUCCGACCCCGCGGUCGAACGCGACCCUAUCAAGACUUUCGACCUGCUCCUCAAUCGCACUGAAGCCUAUCGUGCUGUCCAUCUAUACGGACAUGCCUAUCGAGAUGCUCACCGAGCGCGAGAGGUUGUCAAUUUCAUAUCCCUCUCGACAGAUCAAUGUGGACGUCUUCAACUCCGACUCGCCAAAGCCGCGCUUGGCCUGCGUCUUUACGAGACAGCCCUUCGAGCUUGUGAGGAGGCUUCUCCUGGAUCUUCUCAUUCCAACGAUAUCGAAGAGGUGAAGAAAAGGAUACAGAUGAGGGUAGCCGAGCAACAAUCUGGGGCAUACGACUGGCUGGCCAUCUUUCGCGACUCGUUGGCAAGUCCAAUGGCGGAGUUGGACAUUCCCGACUACAUUUCCCCCGCUUGCAGCGUCACCCAAAUCCCCGGCUGUGGCCGAGGCGUCAUCGCCACCCGCGACAUUAUCCCUGGCGAACUCAUCAUGGUCAGCAAAGCCAUCGCCCCUUCCCACACCAAGCUCGACGCUCCAAACGUAUAUGUAAACGUCUUUGACGCCGAGUCGCAGAGCCAUGUACCUCAUGCGACGUAUAUGUGGGUGUAUCGGAUGAUGCACAAGGUGUAUGAUGAUCCGUCGCUGCUUGUCGCUCUUGGAGGCUUUUCUUCGGAGAACAAUCGGUCUCCUGAAGAUCUACCCCAGCUUCUAGAUGAAGAGGCUCGUUUAAAGCUUUUGUUUGCGCCGGUAGCUUCCAGCCUCAGCCUCAACGCUUUCAGACAGGUCCUCAAGACAAACUGCUAUGCGGGCCGGUCUGUCUCUUCGAAAGGUGCAGGUUUUGAGGAGGUUAUGGAUGAGCGGCUGUCCCUCGCAAAGGACAAGAGUCCAGUCAUCUAUCUCCAUGGGAUGCCAUCCAUGAUGAAUCAUUCGUGUUGGCCCAAUAUGACCGAGUGCUGGUAUGGUGAUAUGAUGGUUAUACGCGCCAGCAAACACAUUUCCAGCGGUGAACAACUGUUCAUGUCUUACGUCCGAAACGAUCCCUCUUAUCCCUCUCGACUCUCUUCCCUUGCCAACUGGGACUUUACCUGCAAGUGUACCCUCUGCACCGCUGACCGCGGCCCCCAGGACGAUCCGCAUGAAAGAGCUCAAAUUAUGGACUCUGCCUUGCCACUGCUCUUUUCGAAUCCUAUCCCGGACGGCAAGUUGACUGAUCAAGCAAAGGAGAAGCACAGGCGCAAAGCGGAGGAGCUGGGGAAGGUGGCGAGUGCGGUUGAGGAGACGUAUGCUGUGGGGAGAGGGCAGGGUACGAAGGGGCAGUUGGCGAGGGUAUAUAAUCAGAUUGGGAGGAAUGCUGACGAGGAGAUAUUGGAGGCUCUUAUUCGCUUCCUCGAAUAUGCUGGCGUAACGCUCACCACCCCGGCACAAGAGCAACAGCUCGGGAGGAAGGUUUAUGAGAGCCAUAACCUGGAGGAAGAGGUGAUUCUGGGGUUGAUGCUUCUCGCUGUUUUGGAGGGAGCCAAGAACCUGGAAGAGGGGUCCAGAUGGGCGCGCGCGGCUGUAUGGGUCCAUGAUGUGCGGUACGGCGGGGGCAAGGCGUUGUUUAUCGAACGGUAUAGCCAUCUGUUCGCUGAUUUGCCGGUGGAGUUUGACCUGGGAAGCUAA